AUGUAUCUGCAAAGCAAAACCACUAAUAACAUUCCUGGCUAUACUGGACAUAUUCCAUAAGAGGAACUCCAUGAAGAUAUUCUAUAAAUUAACUAAGCCAAAUCACAUAUUCCAGGAUAUGCUGGCUACAUUCCAGGAAUUAGAAGCGAAAAUAUGUACGGUAAAACCUAUGGUAAAAUUACAUACAUGUCAGUAACAAACUAACAUCACAAGGGCCCUGAUCUUCCCCCUGAUUUGAGAUACACUUCAACAGUUAAGGGUGAAUUCACAGAUUAAAAGGGAGUUAAAAAGCAAGAAUUACUGAGAUAAGCAGUUAUUGAAGAAGCUAAAAUCACUUCUUCUGGAUACGGCAGCUCUCCUCUUAGGACUAAAUAUAUUGACCCAAGCGAAUACAAAGAAAAAGAAAUUCAACCUGCUCCAGAAUGCAAUUUAACUUAUCAAGAAGCUUGCAAGUAUGCAUAUUCAAACUGA